UCACGUGCACGCGGCGAAAUGGACCGCAAAAACGGCGAUCGACAAGGACGUGACCGUUCCCUCUUCUCUCAACUGCGCCAUAAAUAUGAGAAGAGACCUUGGAAGGAGACCCUGAAACUUGUCCGCAGGUGCAUGGACAAGCCAAUUUAUGCCCCAGAAUCCAACAAAGUGGCUUUGAAUUGUCUGGAAAGACUCAGCGGAGCCCUGAAAGUGUCUUCUGUGAGUGCUGUGGUGUCCAAGUUGGAGACAAUUGCCAGAGAGAGAGGCUUGGGGUCUCACCUGAGUCCUGCUGGGACAGAAUGCUUCCUGACCUCUGACAUGUUCUAUGUGGAAGUGCUGCUGUCUGAAGAAGGGGUUCAGGAUGUCAAGGUGGCCCAACAUAAAGAAACCCCUAUGUCUUGUGCUACACUGCUUAAUCUACUAAGGCUGAAUAAAUUCAAAGACUUCUCAAUGAAGUUGGAGCGCCUGCAUUCUCUCUACGAUAUCCCUGCGGACAACGAAACUAAAGUUAAAGUUUACACUGCACUUCAAUGCCUGGAGAAGGACCUUCUGAAGAUAUCCAACUUGCCCAGAUCACUUAGCGACCACAACCCUCAUGUGGACACCGUUCUCAAUGGAAGAACCGGGAAAAUCAUUGAGCGGAAAGAAGGAAAUCCGAUGAGCAUCGAAUACUAUUUGUGCCCAAAUGACCUGCUCAAGGAGAAAUCGCAUGCAGACCAGUGCACCCUUGGCCACGUAGCUUUGGUUACAGCCUGGACCAGCAGCUCUCCGCAGAGGCUCCCCAUGUCAUCCCUCAUCUCGCAGCCUCCCGAAAUUGACGCACACGGUCUACCUGUGUUUACCACCCUGGGCGAGGACAACAGUGCCAUCCUUCCAGCUUCCUUUGUCCUCAAACUGAGUCCCCCUUUGCCAGUGACGUCAUCUUUCGUCCGCAGGAUCGAACAUCUGACCGGAAUGGCGAUCUCUGAAAGUGGUCUGCAGUGGAAGCCCUUCCUCCAGCUGCUGCUGGGAACCUUUUUGCAGGAAAAUGACUGCAGGGAGUCCUGGGAAAUGGGAGUGGCCCACUUCGUGAUGCUACCGGAGAACCGGAUGCACAGUUACAUUGUGUCGGGACCCACGGAUGGCACGGCUGGCCUGGAGGGGACCCUUGUGCUCAACGUUGCCUUCACGCACCCAGCCCACGUCCCUAAAAUCUUGGAGCUUUUGCGGCACCAGUCUGCACUCAACGCCCUGCUGACCAGUUGCAUCCCCACCCAGAAACCCACUCAAGAAUAUGUGCUGGAUCUACACUGUGAGGUUAUUCUUCAGUCCGACAGCAACAUCAACAUUUCAUUUGUGACCGACAGUGAUUACUUAGCCUUGCUGGUAGUAAAUUUGGAAAGCUGUCGCAAGAUCAGCUGCAGAGUUUUCCCACCAAUGCUUGCAGAUCCUUCCGCUGAGGAGCACCUUUCCCAAGUUCUUACAAAAUGUAUGUCUCUUCCUGUGACAAUGAGAGCACUUUGCAGAAGACUAAGGAAGAAAUCCACCCUGACGGAUUCUCUAGAGGUCACCUCCACUAGACCAGGUGCCAGUGAAACUCCAGAAACUUCUCCUCCUGUGUCAUCUGAGGGCAACGGUUUGCUCCCUGUUCCAGAAGAGGCCGGGAAUAUUUCUGCUGAUGCUUCCUCUGCUGCGCUUCCCUAAAAUAAGGGGCCCGGGCUGCUUCUUUACAAUGUCUGCAACCUUACCCCUGGUUUAUGAAUGUACAAAUAUAAAACAUCUUUAC